UCAGUUGUAGGGGGUUGAGGUAUCGGGUCUGUCCACGCGCUGCUGGGCUGCGUCUCGGAGAAUGUUGUUUGUGAAGGAGUCGGCGAUGUAAAAUGGGGCAGAUGAAGACCUUGAAAGAGAAAACAGACCAGAAGGAACCAGUGCCCACUAGGCUUCCCCACAUCUUCUCAGAUGGGAAUUACUCUGUGCACCAGAAUAGCCACAGAAAGUACCACGAAGCUGUACGGAAGGUGUUGUUAAAGACAUUCCCCAAUCAGGUCUUCAGAGUCCCCUUGACUGAUGCUCAGAACUUCAGCUUCUGGCGGUCCCAUGAUCCAGGAGUGCGUCCAGAGAAAACCAUGCCAUGGAUAUGGAGCCCACGUCACUGUCUCAUAAAAAGCCCAGUGACCAGGUUUAUGGAUCACGCUAUUCUCAAUGACAGAACUCUCUGUCUGUACUGAGGAGGAUAUGGUGGCAGACGGACAAGAUGAAGUAUGGAAGGAGUGCAGAGGGGGAAGGGGGGAGAAGGUGCUGCCUUCAGAUGGAUGACCAAUGUGAGGGCUCAAGAAGGCAAAGUAAACAGAUUGAACUGGAA